CAUAGACACAACGCCUCCUCCAGUCGAUCGCUUUUCGCUCGAGCUUACAAAACGACUACCAGCUGCCUGCACACUUCCCCCCCGGCGGGCUUAUCUUUCUUUCAAAUUUUCCAAUUCCCCGAGCAUAUCUUAUCCCAUUUUAGCUUCUUCAAAAUCGAUAGAAAAUGAAGAUUCAAUUAGCUUCCUUGAUCUCCGUCCUGGCUGCCUCUGCCUCAGCUCAUUCAUGGCUCGAGUGUGUUGAUACUGAUGUUGCUAACUAUGAGGCCGCGAGAGCUAAUCCAGACCUGGAAGUUCAGCAAACUUGCAAAGGGUACCCACGCAACAAGGUUAACAAUAAUGACUGGAUUCAAGAAUCCAAGACUUAUCUCUGGGACCUUAAUAAUAACUCGUUGAAUCCUGAUGGCCUUGCUUGCCGCCCAUCCCAGACGAACAACUAUCCCGCCGGCGUUCCCAUGACCACAGCGAAACCGGGUCAAACUCUCCGCAUGCGUCAUUGGGGGAAUGGCCAUUCCCGCUACGAUAUGGGUUCUCCCCUCCACAAGGACCCUGGCGUUGUGAGAUUGUAUUACCCUGGGAAGAAGGAGACCGAUAUCAAGUUGAAGAGCGAAUUGGUAGAGCAAAACUGGAUCAGGGGUGCUCAGGCCAACUUCAGCGGGAAUGCCAUCAUUCAGAUUACCGGUGAUAAGAUGAACGAAAAGGCCAACUAUUUCGACUUUGUUGUCCCGAAUUGGGAGAAUGGUCGCCACUCGCUUGUCUGGGCCUGGGCCUGGGAAAAGUCUAUCGCUUCGAACCCUGCCAAUUUUAAUCCCACCACCGAUUACAACAACGCAUUGAUGAACUCCUGGACUACGUGCUUCGAUAUUUUGAUUGAGGGAAGUACUGCUACUGGUUCUACCGAUACCGGAUCCACUUCGCAGCCGUCCACUAGCUCAUCCGCACCAGCUACCAGUAUGUGCUCCUCAAAGACAUGCUUGAAGGGAGGGAUGGCCGCCAAUCCCUGCACUGGAUCCGACUGUCCACCGUGCUGGUAUGCAGCAGGUGACAACUACAAUUGCUUCGACUACAAGGAUGGCAAGUGCCCGUUCGGGGGAGCCUACGAUUGCGAUAAGAACCUUCAGACUCGUGGAGCUACUAGAUUCGAGCGCACACCUUUCAAAUAAGCUUAAUAUUUAAGAAUCGAAAAUUUCUGAGUCCAAAAAAAUAAAAAAAA